GGUGUUCCUCGGCAUUUCCGGUUGUGUAAAACGUGAUAGGAUGAUAGGAUCAUAUUUUGAGAUGAAACACAAGUCGAAAACAUGUUCUUCCUCAUCUGAAGACGAUAGUUCUUCUGACGAAGAACUAAAAGAAGUAGCUCUAACUUUGAGUGAAAGUAUUUCUCAACAAUUAUCUAAAAGACAGGAACAAUCCUCUAAAGUUGACAAUUCCAUAUUUGUUUUGGACAAAAGGCCUGGCAAUGUUUCACCUCACCUUUCGCCGGAGAAAAAUGAAGGAGAGGAAAAAUUAAACGAAAAUUCAAAGAGUAAAGCUACUAAGAAAAGGAAGAAAAAGAACUAUGAUGGUUUAUCAUCAUAUAUUCAUUCCAACAUAAAUCUCAUGGAUCCCACUUCUUCCACUCUUGUAACUUCACAAAAGAAGGGAAAGAAUAAAGAGAAAGAUGCCAACAAGAGUGACAGAGCUGUAGAAGAAAUUAUGAAAAAGAGUGUCAUUAAGCCAGAUUUUGAAAAGCAGGACUCACUUGAACCAUAUGAGGAAAGUCUUCGGAAAUUAAAACAAAAAAGGAAGAAAGAUCGCGAGAUGUCUAAAGGCAAGGGAUGGUUUGGCAUGAGAGCCCCAGAAAUGACUGAUGAGGCUAAAAUGAAUUUAGAGGUGCUGAAAAUGAGAAAAGCGCUGGAUCCCAAAAGAUUCUACAAGGGCAAUGAUAUGAAAGGCAUACCCAAGUUCUUUCAGUUUGGAAAAGUUGUUGAAUCAGCAGCUGAUUUCUACCACUCCAGAGUGCCAAAGAAGAAACGAAAAGCUAAUCUGGUACAGGAGCUGAUAGCUGACGCAGAGUUCAGGAAAUUCAAUAAAAGGAAAUAUGUGGAGAUCCAAGAAGCCAAAAUGAAAGGAGAUGGGCCAUAUAAACGAAUGAAAAGACCAGUCAAGAAGAAGAAAAAAUAAAUUUUAUUCUUAGUA